AUGGAACUCCUCUCAGUCCUUUGCCUGGCUGCAGCUGCCAAGGGCUGCCACUGCCUAUAUUUGGCAUACAAGUUCUUUCUCCGCCCUGGCAAGGAGCUCAAGCAGUAUGGCCAGUGGGCCGUGGUCACUGGUGCCACCGAUGGCAUUGGAAAGGCCUAUGCCAUGGAACUGGCACGCCAGGGACUGAACGUGCUGCUCGUGGCCAGGAGUGAGGAAAGAUUAACAGAGACUGCCAAAGAGCUCAAAGGAAAAUACCAUGUGACCGUCGAUCAGCUCAAGGUGGACUUUUCGAACUUUGAUGCAGCAGCCAGAGAGGCCGUGAAGGAAAAGCUGGCCACCUUGGAUGUCGGUAUCCUCAUCAACAAUGUGGGUUUAUCCUAUCCCUACACCAAGUAUUUCCACGAGUUGAAAGAUCAAGAGGUAGCCGACAUCAUGGAGGUGAAUAUGUCAUCAAUGACAUGGAUGAGCCGCAUCGUGCUGGGCGAUGAAAGUGGCAGCCCCGGCAUGCUCUCGCGUCGGCGUGGCGCCAUCGUCAACACCAGCAGCGGCUCUGGCCGAGCGACCUCGCCGCUACUGGCGGAGUAUUCUGCGGCCAAGGCCUAUGUCGAGAGGUUCUCCAUGGGUUUGGGUGCAGAGUUGGCUUCCAAGGGCAUCGAUGUUCAAGCCCAAACGCCGCUGUAUGUUACCACUAAAAUGGCAAAGAUCAGAAAGUCUUCCAUGACCGUGCCCUCUCCACAGAGCUAUGUGGAGUGCGCAGCACGUCACAUUGGCUAUGAGGCCGUGAUCUCACCUUGGUGGGCUCAUUCCCUGCAGCUUUGGUUGCUGGCCUUGCUCCCGGAAGCUGUUUCGGUGAAGUUCCUGGAUUGGCAGCACCAGGCCAUCAGGAAGAAGGGCAUGAAGAAGGACCAGGAGAAAGCAGAAGAGAAGAAAGGUCAGUGA